GAGCUGGCACGGGCAGGGGGCUGCAAACACUUUGUCCUGCAGUCCUCUAAGGGGGCAAACCAGCACAGCCGCUUCCUCUACCUCCGGGUGAAGGGAGAAGUGGAGAACCUGGUCCAAGCUGUUGGUUUUGAUCGCUGUACCAUUCUCCGGCCAGCGGUGCUGCUGUGCAGUCGCCAGGAGUCCCGGCCCAUGGAGUGGAUAGCCCGGCAGUUUCUGGGUGUUGUGGCUUGGGUCUUCCCUACUGCUUACUCAAUACCUGUGGAAACGGUGGCCAGGGCUAUGGUGGCCAGUGUGUUGCAGCCAGGCAAGGGGAGGGUGGAGGUGCUGGAGAAUGGGGACAUCCACAAGCUGGGAAAGGCAGUGCCACAGCAGGGCACAUAG